CUAUAUGCCUAUUGAUUCAGGUUGCUGGUGCAAUAAUUGGCAAGGGAGGUCAACGUAUACGCAAAAUUCGUCGUGAUUCAGCUGCAAACAUUAACAUUGAAGAAGCAACUCAAAGCACAAACACUCGUAUUAUAACUAUUACUGGUGCUCUUCAACAAGCACAACUUGCACAAUUCUUGAUGCAACAAAGUGUUCGAGAAAACCAAGGUAGUGGAGGAGGAGGUGGAGGCCGUCGGUUUUAAAACUCUCUUUUCACUCAACAUAAUUAGAACUGUUUUGACGACUUCUCUGCAUACUUGCAUCAUCUCAUUUAUGUUAGUGUAAUGUUUUUUGAAAUGCAACUCAUCUCUGUAUAUUGUACAAAAUUGUUUUAAGUUAGAUGUGCAUCAACCAAGUGACAAAGGGUUAUGUUUCCCAUCAUAUUUCAAGGUAUAAGAAAUAAAUUUGUUUUUUAAGUAUGGUAUGCAUUAAUAAAGAUUUUAAAAAUGUA